UCGCUCGCUCCCAGCUGGUGUUGCGACCACACAGCCAGAGGCUCUCCGCUCGUCGUUUGGUACUUUUGGGUUUGGAACUUUUUAUCUUUAACGCGUUGAGUUGCGGCUCACGAGGUCGUUUUUUUUCUUUUGCGUGGAAACUUGCUGCUGCGAGAUGGACUGAAGCAACAACACUCUGCAAAGUGUGGAUCCUCGUACCGGGGAGAGUGUUUCUGUGGAGCACAGCCUCUCCUGAGGGGUGACUUACCACCAUGGACGAGGACGACGGGCAUCACGAGAACGGCGUCCACGCCACCAAGGACUCGGACCGACAACAGCGGCUGCGGCUCUGCGUUUUAAACGAAAUACUGAACACAGAGAGGGAUUAUGUGCGGACACUGCUCUUCCUUCAGUCGGCAUUUUUGCACCGAAUCCGACAAACGGCAGAUGACCAACAGUGCCUCUCAACCGAACAUGUCAAGAUUCUGUUUUCAAAUAUUGAGGACAUCCUGGAGUUGCACAAAGAGGUGCUGUCUGCGGUGGAGUCCAGUCUGCAGCCGGAUCCCCAUCCCCAGCAUGCACUGGGACACGUGUUCCUGCAGUUUAGGGAGAGUUUCUCGGUGUAUGGUGAGUACUGCAGUAACCACGAGAAGGCUCUGCGACUUCUCAUGGAGCUCAACAAAAUAUCCAACAUCCGGACCUUCCUGCUGCACUGCAUGCUGCUCGGAGGGAAGAAAAGCACAGAUGUUCCCCUGGAGGGAUACCUUCUCAGCCCCAUUCAGAGGAUCUGCAAGUACCCUCUUUUGCUCAAGGAGCUGCUGAAGCGGACCCCAAAGAAACACACCGACUACCCGGCAGUGGAAGAGGCUCUGCAGGCCAUGAAGGCCGUCUGCUCCAACAUCAACGAGACCAAGAGGCAGAUGGAGAAACUGGAGGCUCUUGAGCAGCUGCAGUCGCACAUCGAGGGCUGGGAGGGAACCAACCUGACGGAUAUCUGCACGGAGUUGCUGCUUCAUGGAAAUCUCCUGAAAAUCUCUGCAGGCAAUAUUCAGGAGCGCGUCUUCUUCCUGUUCGACAACCUCUUGGUUUACUGUAAGAGGAAGUCCAGGGUUUCUGGAAAGAAGUCCACCAAGAGGACCAAGUCCAUCAACGGGCCCCUCUAUGUGUUCCGAGGCCGAAUCAACACCGAGGUGAUGGAGGUGGAAAAUGUGGAGGACGGAACAGCGGACUAUCACAGCAACAACUACACGGUGACGAACGGCUGGAAGAUCCACAACACGGCUAAAAACAAGUGGUUUGUCUGCAUGGCCAAACACGCAGAGGACAAGCAGAAGUGGCUGGACGCCAUCUUGAGGGAACGGGAGCAAAGAGAAUGUCUCAAACUGGGGAUGGAGCGGGACGCCUACGUGAUGAUCGCCGAGAAGGGGGAGAAGCUCUACCACAUGAUGAUGACCAAGAGUCGGUACCUGAUCAAGGAUCGACGCAGGAAGCUCAGCAUUGUGCCCAAGUGCUUCAUGGGAAAUGAGUUUGUGUCGUGGCUGAUCGAGAACGGAGAGAUCAGUAAGCCUGACGAAGGGGUCAACCUGGGACAAGCCUUGCUGGAAAAUGGCAUCAUUCACCACGUGUCCGACAAGCACCAGUUCAAGAACGAGCAGGUGUUGUACCGGUUUCGCUAUGACGAUGGCACCUACAAGGCUCGCAGCGAGAUGGAGGACAUCAUGUCUAAGGGCGUCAGGUUGUACUGCCGCCUUCACAGCCUCCACACGCCUGUCAUCAAGGACAGAGACCACCAUCUUAAAACCUUCAAAUCUGUGGUGCCUGCCAGCAAACUGGUCGACUGGCUCCUCUUGCAGGGAGACUGCUCGACACGGGAGGACGCGGUGACGCUGGGCGUGGGGCUCUGCAACAAUGGCUUCAUGCACCACGUCUUGGAGAAGAGUGAGUUCAAAGACGAGUCCCAGUUUUUCCGUUUCUAUGCGGACGAGGAGAUUGAGGGAACCAGCACCAAGAGCAAGCAGCUCCAGCGCAAUGACUUCAAACUCAUCGAAAACAUCUUGGCCAAGUCCCUGGUGAUUCACCCCGAGGAAGAAGACUACGGCUUUGAGAUCGAGGAGAAAAACAAGGCCAUUGUGGUGAAAUCUGUCACCGGGGGCUCACAUGCUGAGAUGGCUGGCCUGCAGGUGGGCAGGAAGAUCUACACCAUCAACGAGGACCUGCUGUUCCUCAGGCCCUUCUCCGAGGUGGAGACCAUGAUCAGCCAGGCCUUCUGCAUACGACGCUCCCUGCGGCUGCUGGUCGCCACCAAGGCCAAGGAGAUUGUGAAGAUCCCGGACAACCCAGAUAGCCUGUCCUUCAGACUCUGUGGCUCUGCCCCUCCUCAUGUCCACGCUGUCAGGAAAGGCUGGGAGGCAGCGGGGUCGGGACUUCAGCCUGGCCAGGUCGUCCUGAAGGUCAACGGCAACAACGUCAACCGCAGUGACUACCAAGAGGCCCUGGAGUACUUCGCCGCGCAGCACACUCACCAGGAGCCUCCCCAAGCGUGUCAGUGGGUGUAUCGUGCAUUCGAGGAUGUGGAGGAGCUCCAAAGAGAAAGGGGUGUAGGUGAGAAGGAGGAGAUUCCUUUCCUUCCUUAUCCAGUGGAGAACGGCUCAGACCACGAGGAGGAGAACGGCACCAAUGGAACAGACCACCGGCUGGGCAGACUCUCCCUCUCCGAUGAGCUGCCACUGGUCAGCAUGACAGUAGAUAACGUCCACCUGGAGCACGGCGUCGUCUACGAGUACGUCAGCACGGCCGGCAUUAAGAGCCACGUCCUGGAGAAGAUGGUGGAGCCCAAAGGCUGCUUCAGCCUCACUGCCAAGAUCCUGGAGGCAUUCUCUGGCGAUGACAGCCUCUUUGUUCGUAACUGCAGCCAACUCAUCUCCCAGAGUGACCGAGUCGUUACCAUGCCUCAGUAUGAGUUCAGGCAAAUCUGUGACACCAAGCUGGAGAGUAUCCGACGGCGGAUCAGCAGCUAUCAGCAGUUCUCCCUGGAGCUGAGGAACAAGGCGUGGCCCUCCUUCAGGCAGGCUGGCGGGUGCCCUCACCCGCUGGGCUGCAUGGACUUUGUUCCCACCAACUGCCACGUCAACUUUAUGCAGGUCUCCUACCCCAAGAGCACUACCUCGGCUGGCAGGACUUUCAGCAUCCGCUUUGGGCGCAAGAACUCCCUGUAUGGCCUGGAUCCUGACCAAGCACAACUCAACCCCAUGUCCCACACCCAGCACUGUGUGACCAGCAUGGGCGCUCCCUCCUGGAGCUGCUCGGGCCUGGAUGGGGACGACGACGACGACGAGGAGGAGGACGGCGGGGAGGUGAGCAUGGAUGGCAGCGAUGGGUCGGUGGACAGCCAGCGUGGCGGACACGGGGAAGGCGGCUUGAGCUUCCUGCUCAAACAAGAAGACACGGAGACCCAGGACGCCUACAUUCACUUGUACAGCCGCCUAGACGUCGCUGUAAGGGAGAUGAGGCAGUACGUCGCACAGAUAGAUGUCCUCUUGUCAUCCAUCACCGAGCCCACGCAACUCCAAAGGGAGGGUGGGGAGCCUCCGACCGACGAACCCAGCCAGCCACCCUCUCUGGUCCCCUGCGAGGACGGCUGCGACCAGGACAAAGUGGAGCAAGGCGGCAUUAAAAGGGUCUGCUUCAAGGUGAACGAGGAGGACCAGGAGGACUCGGGCCAUGACACGAUGAGCUACAGGGACUCCUAUAGUGUGUGUGUGCUUUAUUACAGCGAGUGCAACAGCAACCGAGACUCAGUCCUGUCCUACACCAGUGUGCGAAGUAACAGCUCGUACCUGGGGAGCGACGAGAUGGGAUCAGGGGACGAGCUGCCGUGUGACAUAAGGAUUCCUUCGGACAAGCAGGACAAGCUGCACGGCUGCCUCGAGCACCUUUUCAACCAGGUCGACUCCAUCAACAGCCUACUCAAAGGAGCGGUCAUGACCAAAGCCUGUGAGGAGACCAAGCAUUUUUAUUCUGACCACAGCCAACCAGAGUUCCGACAAACAGAAGAUUGGACGGUUCGCUGUCGCUACAUCAUCCACAAGAACAUCCAAGAGGACCCGUGGAACCUGCCCAGCUCUAUCAAAACCCUGGUGGAGAGCCUGCAGCGAUUUGUGGACGAUGGAAAGAACCAGCUCCUCCUGGCCCUGCUGAAGUGCACAGACACGACUCUGCAGCUGCGACGGGAUGUGAUCUUCUGCCAGGCGGCGACGGGCGCACUGUGCACGCUGGCGGAGCAGCUGUUGGCAGCGCUGCGGUCGCGGUUCAACAACGCCGGCGAGUACCAGGAGGACGGCAAGGAGACCAGCCGCAAGUGGCUGGAGCAAAUAUCCGCCAUCGGCGUGCUGCUGCACUUCCAGUCCACGCUGGCGCCACACCUGAAAGAGGAGCGGACCAUGCUGGAGGAUACCAAGGCGGCCCUGUUGGACUUGGACAAAGUCACUGUGUUCUUCAGGCAACUGGAGGAUGAGUGUCUAGUUGCAAACACACCGGUGUGUUACCAGGUGGAGGGCAGCCGCCAGGCCCUGAGGGUCACUCUGUACCUGGACAGCUGUCACUUCAGCGAGCUGCCCACCCGGCUGCAAAAUGGAGGUAGCCUCAAGCUGCAGACUGUCCUCUUCACCAGGGCGCUGGAGCAUCCGGAGGGAGUGUCCCAGCAGGACUACGCAGCCAUGGAGGAGUUCCAGCAGCGCACCAACGCCGUCUCACUGGAGAAGGUCAAGGCCUACUACCGCAGGCUCAGGGGUUUCUAUUUGGAGAAGUCCAAUUUCCCGACGGACUCAAACACCACAGCGAUGAAGAUAGACCAGAUACUGGGCCUUGAAGUUAGAGACCUGCAACCAAGCAUUUCAAAACUACUUCGACCCCUCAACACACUGGACGACCUUUGCCGACUGAUGCAGUCCUACGUCAACGUGCGCCCGAGCGCCCAGGGCCACCCGUCUGGUGUCAGCGUGCUGUGUGUGUCCUCCGAGCUGUGCAACCGCCUGGGCGCCUGCCACAUCACCAUGUGCGGCACAGGCAUGCAGAGAUGUACCCUAAAUGUGACACUGGAGCAGGCGAUGAUCUUAGCCAGGAACCACGGCCUCAUGCCACGCUGCAUCAUGCAGACCAUGGAUAUAAUGCGCAAACAGGGCGCAAGAGUUGAGCUCUCUGCUAAAAAUCUCAAGGUCAUGGACCAGAUGCCUCCAUCAUUCCCAAGGCUCUUCAAGCUGUGUUUGCCACCUUCGGAUGGAGAUUUCUAAGAAAGCAUGUCACUUCAGAGAAGACAUCAGAGUACUAAUGAAUGUGAAAUAGGAAGAGAUGAUGAGAGAUGACAAUAACAGAGGUCUCACUGCUUUCUUUUCCAAUAAACGCUCCCAAUGGAAAAACCCUUGCCCCCCCCCCCCCCCCACAAAGAAAAUACCCCAGUUACACAGAGAUAAUUCCACCAUGGAUACCACUAGUGUAAAGUACAGGCUAAGCAAGACUGUACACAUGACUAAUGACAGCUACUAGGGAGCACGGACAGUGAGAGUGAAGCAGCCUGACGCUCCAAACUAGUGAUGUGCUGUUUUACUGUGAAGCCACCUAGAUAGAAGUAGCAUGGCUUUGUCUGCCUGUCUGCCCGUCUGCCCAUCUGCUUGUCUGCCUGUCUAUCCGUCUUCACAAGACCGACAACUAGUGCGAAGAUGUUCACAACCCAAGUGAAAGGGCGAGGCCAGUUUGAGGGAGGCCUCACACAGAAGACACCAACAGCGAUGGCGCUCCUCACUGAGCUGUUACUAUUAACUGGAUUAACCAAACUACCUGUAGCUGGCUGUCAUCCUAAAUGCAGACGCUAUCCGCUUUGCCUCGGACUGCAACAGCGGCCUCUGUCUCUCCGUUUGGGCUGGCGUUCCCCAGGGCUCGAUGUUUGGACCCUGUGUGAAGUAGAAAUACUCAAAUAGCCUCGUAUACAUGUACGUAGCUGGCUGAACAGAUGCAGGAGGACUAGACAUAGGAAUGGAAGUAGGGAUCGAGGGACAGGUAAUAAAGAGGGUGAGGGGGCUGCUCUCUCUUCAGCCCUUUGCAUGUGGUUACUGUGCAAUUACUGUAGGUUUAGUGUGAGUACUGUAUUACUGCACUAUAUGAAGGAUAGUUAUUUAUUGUGUCCGGAAGGAGCAUUUUUAUCCCUUACUUCUACUAUAUCAGGUAUUAAAGAAUCUAAAAGCAUUCCAGGCUACGUAUUGAACAGUAUUUAAAGGACCAAUGGCAUGCCUUUUUUUUUUUUUUAUAAACGUAACCGCUUGUUUGUUUUAUUUAUAUGUAUGGAUCAUGUCAGGAAGUGUUAUUUGGAUUUUCAGGGAGAGCAAAGGAGGAAAGAUCAACAGAAGCUAGCUUAUCAGAAUCAGGACAAAGGGAGCUAAAGCGAAACCACACAAGGCUGCUCGUCGAUAAGCGGCCAAAUCAACAGGUUGUUAAAUUAUUAAUAUAUUAAUUAAAGUGUUCUAGUUGAAGGAUUGUCUUCUGUUCGCUUUGACAUUAUUUUAAUAUUUUGUAUAAGAUUUUUUUUCUUCUGUUUGUCUUGGAUCUGUUGUAUUCACUCUGGGUGUUGAAACGAGCACAAUAACUGGUCCAUUCAAGUUUCAGUUUCAGCGAAACGCAAACAAAAGGGUUUGUUUUCAGGAAGGAAACACAGUAGGCCCUAACGUUGUUUUACUGAAGAUUUUAAUUUCUUGUACAGACCAAUUGUAACGAUGUCAGAGGAAAGGAGAGGAAAAGGGAGAUAGGAUACGUCCGAAUAAUGAUUAAAUAUUAUUAUUUUUAUGGAGAUGGUAUAGUAGAUAAAACAUUUUGUAUUUAUGCUUGUGCAUUGAAAGAGAAGCGUCUCUUGGCUGAGCGUAACCUCACUGACAACUUGUUUUGAUUUUGACUAUUAAAAAGACCUGACGAGCAUUUCAUGAAUCUCGACAUGCUGCACUCAUUAGGCAGAUCACUUUCGCCCUUUUAGUUUUUGUAUUUAUUUAAAAGCAGUCUGGUUCCAAAUGAGCAUGUUGAAAUCGUCUCUCCACAUCCCUCUUUUGGCACAUAAGACUCAGCAGAUAUUUGCAUGAUCAUCUCCCUUAUUAAAUUCACUCUUAAUGUGAGCAGUGUUAGUCACCAUCAUCUGGUUUUAUGCGUGUGUCACCAUUUAUUUUUUAUUUUUUUAAAGAUCUAAUGACUGCAGCAUGUUGGUGUAUCCGGACAAACAAAUAUGUCACCGAUUACACAUUUAUUUACAUUAUUCUAAUGUUGUUGUUUUUUGUAUAUACCUUAUUUGCAAUUUUCUGUUGCUUGAAAAUAACUGUACAAAGGAUCUUUGUUGAGUCUUUCUGAGAUUAUCAUUGUUAAUGCAAUCUUAACAAGCUAGUAAAUAAAAAUGUUCACAGUGUGA